AUGGCUCGUGCUGUUUCAGACGGCAGUGAUCACACGAAUGACGCAGUAUCAGCUGAUGAACUAAUAAAACAGCCUUGGACACUAUGGAAUAAGAAAUCACAAUGUGAAUCACUGUUGAAGAACAAGCUCUUGGAAUCAUUCAAAGGCGCAGUCCUACUUAAACGCCGCAAAACACAUAUCACAGAUGAAAUUGGUAAGAAACGUUCGAGGCGUGGCGCCGCCGUAAAGCGUGCUCUUGCUGCUGCAAAAUCGGAUGCAAAAAGGGUAUAUUCAUCGGCGACCGGUUUGGGGCUGGAUGAACUCUGGACAUACCUAGAAUCGGAAAUCUCUUCUGAUAUCAAGCCUCUCACAAAACGCUUGGAGGCUAUCUUAGACACACAGCCAAACCGCAUCUUAAAACACGAAUAUCCGGAGGCUGCUGCCCGUAACGACAUUACAACGUAUCAUAACAGUGAUGAUGAGGCGGAUGAACGAGUUGCCAACAAAGGACAAGAGGAGAUGCACGAAUCAGCGAGCCAGUCAAGCGAUGAUAAUGGAACUGAUGACAACUAUGACGGUAGAAGCGAUGAUUAUAGUGACAAUGGGAGCGAAGGGGAUUGGGAAGAGAGUGCUGGAGAUCAGUAUGACUCAAGUGAUGAUCGGGACGCUAACGAUGACAUCGAUGAAAGUGAAUCGGAUGCAAAUAGCGAUGAUGAGACGGUUGUGGAGACAGAAGCGGUUAAAAAACAAAACAAAGUUACGAAAGAUCCGUUUUUCAAAAUGGAGGAAAUGGAAGAGUUCGCUGACCAAGACUUUGAUGAGGAAGAUGACUUCAACUAUUUUGAAUCUUUGGGUGAGGAAUCGGACACUUCAAAGCCAGCUGUAGAUAUGAUGUACGAUGACUUCUUCAGGGAACCAGACGAAGAUGACGACGAUGACGGUGAGGUAUUGCACUGUACUCGCGACCUAGAGGGAUUGGACGAUGACGAACGUGAAAUGGAACUCCUUUUGCAAAAAGUAGAAAACGAACUACCAAGUGAUGAAGAUGACAGUGAAAGAGACGAAGACGAACUGGUGGACUUCGACCGUAUCCACGCUGCUGAAGAUGAACCGCAAAACACUGAACAAGACUCUGCAGAAGAAGAUGACCAAAUAUCGAAGGUUGAAAAGGACCUUAUAGCGCAGAAACACUGGAGCUUAAUGGGUGAGGCAACAGCACGAAAAAGGCCGAGGAACAGCUUGUUGGAUCUUGAUCUUGAGCUGCCGCAAAAUUCAUCAUUCAUACAUGCGGAGUACACCGGAGAAGUGGAUGGAACAACGGAGGACGAUAAUAUGGGACUCGAGGAAAAUCAGGAUGUACCGGUAGAAAUUAUUAUACAACAACGGAUCAAAGCUGAAGUGUUCGACAAUGUGGAACGAAAGGUGGCUCUUGAAGAUCAGCUGGAAGCCAUUGAACGGCUAAAGCAGAAACGCAACAAAAUGAAUCUAGAAGGUGGAGAAAUUGAUUUCAACAAAAGUAAGCUGGGUCUGGGUGAUGUAUACGCUAAGCGAUACCAGGAAAUGUUCAUGGCCACGGACCAACUAGACAGCCAUAAGCAAAAACUCACAGAAGACUUCGGGAAGCUUAUGUUUAAACUGGAUUCCCUAUGCAACUAUCACAUGGUACCUAAAAGGGUCAGUGAGGCCGAAAAGACUAAAAAUGUUGCUUCUAUUACAGUAGAGGCACCCAUCAAUGUCGUCACCGCAAGCAGCCACAACGACUUGCAAGACAAGAUGGAAGGCAAUAAAAUUACGAGAAACGCGAAGAAGAGGAAGUUUACAAACAAGCUAAAGGCGCUCCUCAAAAGCGGUAGGGCAACUGUAGAAGACGUCAAAAAGAUAAAGCAAAGUAUGAUGGAACGAAACAGACAAAAGAUCCAGGAUGUUAGGACGAUCAAAGCGACAGGGCAGACUAAGGAUGGAGAGAAUCGGGCAAAACGAUCGAAUCGGAGGGUGAAUAUCGCAGAGCUUAUGAGUAAGGACAGUUAA